AAGAUAGAAUAAUUUUGACCCCAUGUCAUGGGUCAUAUCUGCUCUUGGUUCAAUGAAAUUCACCCCCCGAUUGUUAGCUCCAAACAUCAACAGUCCGGCGGAUCUUCAAAACAGCAGAAAAGGAGACAGUUGAUCAGGAGGCUUGCAUUUAUAAUCAUGCUGAGGUGACCAAGUUUUUAUAAAGUAUUAAAUAAAAACAAUGGCUGAGAAUACAGCCCAAGAAGGUGAAACGGCGAAAUUAAUGACAGCAAAAAGAGACUCAACAAAGAAUAUAGAAUGGAGCCGUUUUGGUUUGGCAGAAGAUUACAAAGGAAGUAAAAAUAACGCUGAUGGUGAUACCUACCAACAGACCUCUGGCCAACAUGGGGAGAAGAUUCAAGAGAUUUUCGAUGAACAUCAAAGUGGAACAGGGCAUAAACCAUGGUGGAAAGCUAACUUCUUCAUUAAGGAACCGGUACUUUUUGGGACAUGGGAUGGUGUGUUUACAUCAUGUAUGAUAAAUAUAUUUGGUGUAGUUAUCUUUUUACGAACAGGAUGGAUGGUGGGUAAUGCAGGAAUAGGGUUGUCUGUGUUGAUUAUCUUCAUCACAGUGAUUGUAGCUUUAGUUGCAGCUUUGUCGGCAAUUGGCAUUUGUGAAAGGUGUAAGAUACAGAGUGGUGGAGUCUAUUUUCUGUUGUCACAUGUAUUAGGGAGUAGAAUGGGAGGUACUCUUGGCAUCAUGUAUGCAUUUGGUCAGACAGUUGCAUGUGCUUUGUAUUGCACUGGUUUUGGUGAAUCUGUAUCUGAAACACUAAACUGGGACAAUACUUGGGCAGUGAGAGGUGUUGGUAUUGGCACCAUUUUGCUUUUGCUGGCUGUCAACAUUGCAGGCGUCAAGUGGGUUAUUAAGAUGCAGCUUAUACUCUUAGCUAUAUUAUGUGUUGCAACAUUGGAUUUCGUUGUUGGGACAUUCACACAUUCUGAUGCAGCAAAUGGUUUCCUUGGCAUCGGUAGUAAAACAUUCAAGAAUAACACUGGCUCAAGCUACAUGCCGGGUGAAAACUUCUUUACUGUAUUUGGUGUGUUUUUUCCGACUGCAACCGGUGUAAUGGCUGGAAUAAACAUGAGUGGCGACUUAAAGAAACCUCAUAAAAACAUUCCACACGGUACAUUGUCAGCUAUAGCAGUUACAACCAUCAUGUAUUUAGCAUUUUCACUUCUACUUGGUGCAACUUGUACAAGAUAUGCUUUACAAAAUGAUUAUAUGAUAGCAGAAAAGGUAUCUCUAGUAGGGUUUCUAUGGUUACUUGGUUUAUACAUAUCAAGUUUAUCUUCCUGUCUCGGUGGAUUAUAUGGAGCACCUAGAAUACUCCAGUGCAUUGCUAAUGAGAAUGUUAUACCAAUUAUCAAAUUUAUGGGCCAUGGAAAAGGACCCAACAAGGAACCAGUGAUUGCUCAGCUACUGGUCUGUUUUGUGGCCAUCCUGUUCAUCUUUGUCGGACAUGUCAAUCAACUCGGACCCAUUGUUACCAUGCCGUUCAUGUUGACCUACGCUGGCGUCGACUACGCAUACUUUGCGCUAGCUAUGAGCUACGACAAAAAGAAACUGGAGAAAACUCAAAAGAAAAUGUCGGAGAAACAAGAGAGCUUUCUUUCUCAUCUCAUAGACAAGAACAAGGAUGAACAGGUGGUGCUGCCAAAUGGAUACGGUACCAUGAAGAAUGAGGAGGAGGAGGAGGAGGAAGAAGAAGAGGAGAUAACAAAUAGUAGUUCACCGUUGAGAACUAAAGAGGAGCUUCGUAGCCAGGAUGAGAAGUCUGAUAAAGAACCAUCUGAUACUGGAGACAAAAAGGCUCUGCUUGAUGAAGACAAAGAUGUUGAUGAUAAACAAGACCCACCCCGACCCUUUACUAGUGAGAUCCACCGAAUGCCAGAAUCUUGGUACUCCCACCUUUGCAAUAGAUGGGUAUCACUCUUUGGGGUAAUGUGCUGUGUUGUGAUCAUGUUCUGUAUUCAGUGGAGCUAUGCAUUGGUCAACAUUUCCAUAAGUCUUCUCAUCUUUGUUUACAUCGGUCAAGCCAAUCCCGGUGUUUAUCCAGGAAUUGCUGAUUUCAAUUUUUUUCGAUGGCUACAAUUCUCAUGUCAGCGUUUAUGCAGGAAAGAUGUGUCGUCUCAGGAACAGAUGAUUGUGAGCGGUCAGUCGUUCACUCCUGGAACAUCCUACACAGAGCAACUGACGGAAGAUAAUGCUGAUUUUGCCAACAGGGGGCGCUAUCACCAGUCUUCACUGAUGGAAGGAGGUAAUUUUGAUGAAAGCUAUGAAUAUGAAGAAAAGAAGGCAUUCUAGAAUGAUAUGGGUUUUAUUAUCUAGACUCUAAAAGUGAAUGAAAUUUAUAAUGCGUCAUAAAAGCCAGCCUCACAUGAGAAUUCAGCUGAGCUCCCAGCCUCACGUGUAAGGACAUGCAUACCACAUAGUGAGAAUAAUCCUGAUUUGUAUCCUUGACCGAAAAAGAAUCUUAGCAUUCUGAUUGGUCAAUUAAUUGGGAUGUAAGCUACUUAUCAACAUCACCAAAAAUCUUUGAUAAAUAUUUUGCUCACAAUUCAGAAUUCAAACUGGAAAAUUAUACAGUCACUAGUGGAUUGUACUAAGGUGUGAAGCUAGUAGCUAAACUGAAUUAUCUUGUAAGCGAUAGGUUUAAUUAAAUAUGUAUUCUAUUUUUGGAACAUCAGUGGUAAAGUAAGUGUGUAAUAGUUAUGUGAUGAACCUGUAUGUAUAUUGAACUAUAUAUAUUUUCCAUUGUUGAAAAAAAUUCAGUGUUAUAUAACAAUUUGAGGACUCUAUGAACUUAAUAUUUAUUUCACUGAAUAUAAUAAUCUGUUGAAUAUAGAAAUACAUGCUAUACUUUUUAAAUUGUUUACAUUUUCUUAUUUUAACAUGUUUUGAGAUAGUUGAUAAUAGGCUAUUGAUGUUAAUAUAUUUUACUUGUUAUUAUAAUCAUUUCAAUGAAGUAUUACUAAGUAUAAAUUUAACCAAUGAAAGAUAAAUAAAAAUGUUUUUAGUAAAGCAUGUUUGGUAGUGUCACUAAAUAUAAAUGAGAGCACAUGCAUGUUCUCUGACAAAACGUUUUUAUUUUUUAAAAUUUUAUUGCAAGACUCAAAAUUUUAAAUACUUAAAAGUAUACCCUUUUUAUUGCUUUCACAAUUAAAGAACGCCCCCUAUAUUCCAAUUUUGUGCUCUGCGCUGAAUUCCUAAAUUUUCACCUUUUUUUUUCUGUGAAUUGUUUUUUUUAUGUUGAGUGCCACAACCUUAACUGUGUGCUACUAGGAAGUUGUUUUAGGAAUUACAUUCCAAGUAAGAAAUAUAUUUAAAGAUUUAUAUUAAAUUGUCGAAAUUAAAGUGCAUUCAAAAAUAUGUACUAGAUACUUGUAGUUUAAUCCGUCAAUUCUUCCUACAUAAUUUUAAUAUAUAUGUUGCUCAAUGUGUGCUUAUAUUAAGUUGUGAUAAAUUGAUUUUGUAGAUUAACUGUAAGAAUGUUAUACUGAAGACAAACAUAUUAUGUGCAAGUUUUUUGUGGUUAAGUACAGUAGAGAACUAAUUGGUUGUUUGUGGUGUAAAAAUUGUAUUGCAGAGAUAAUAUUUUGGUAAGACAUAUGUAAGCAAAAGUGUGGUAUUUCCAAUAUAUCUUAGUGCUGCUGAAGGUAUUUUACUCAAAAUCAGAAAACAGAAGGUAAUAUUAAUACCAAAAGCAGUAUUACUAGUUAUACAAUGCACAUGGUCACCCAACAGACUCCUAUGAACCUAUAAAAGUAUUUUUAAUAGAUUAUCAUUGGUGUUAUAUUGCUGUCAAUGGAAAGUUCAUAGGCCCUUGAUAUAUAUUACUACUGUACAAAUAUAAUAUCCACAAUUUGUCUAUAUAAUGCCCAGUCAAUGUUUAAACCCAAUGUAAUGUUUUUACAGUUUAAUGUUUGCAGUUCUUACUAAAUGAAAUACUAUAGUAAUGGUCUUGUUCUUUUUUCUUCAUACAAGUUUCUUUGGAGAACUUGAAUAUAACAUGAAAUUUAAGAGCUGACUCCUUUAGUAAAAGUGUUGUGAGGUAUUGUAUUAUAUUGACAGUUCACUUUACUACUAUCCAAAUUUCUAAGAUCAGUGUUAUUACUGUUAUUCUCCAUAUUUUGGAAAAACAUGUACAAUGUAUUAUCAUAUGAAAACCUGAACACAAAUAUUGUUGUGAUAUUGUGACGUUUCUGUUCUAAAUUGUAAGUAACCGAGAAACUACUUAGUGAAUUUUUAAAAACCAAAAAUAACUUCUUUCCUUUUGCAAGCUUUGCAUAUAGUAUUAACUCUUUAAUACUUAUAAUUUUACUUAAAUCAGCUUUCUGAUGAAAAUAUCUACUUUAACUUUUUGUCAAGAUUUUAAUAAUUUGAUAUUUAAUUUAAGACAACCAAAUAUAUACUUUUUAAUUUUGUUUCUCUUGUUUUUAAUUUAAUAUUUUGAAAAAAAUUGUGGCAAUAUAGAACACUAUUUUGGAUAAACAUUCCAUUCUAUUUUUUUUUAUGGUGUCCUUAAUCCUUCCAAUAAGAUUAUAUAAAAAUGUUAUAUUAUAUUGUGUAUAGUGUAGAACCUUGGGAAAAAUGUAUCAAUAAUGGGAAAAUUGAACCUAUAUUUAGUUGGUUGAGUACCCAAUUUUAGUUUGAAUAUCUUGGGUUCAAAUCAUAUGAGAGACAAUACAUUUUUCUCAAAAUAUUAGAUUGACAUUCAUUCAUAUGUUAUAUCCUUUUGAAUGAAUAUAUGAAGUUAUUUAUUAUAAUUUAUAAUCUAUUAUACCGAUGUAAACAUCAUUGCAUAAUUAUUAGUUUCUGUUAUUGGAAGGGAGUAAAUGAUAUACUAUAAAACGUAAUUGUUUUAUAUUAUUGAUGUAAUUAUAAAUAUAAGGUAAAUUUAAAUAGGAUUUAUAGAUUACUUACAUAUAUUUGACAUUUGUUUACCCAAGUUGUGGUGUACUGUAGGCAGUAGCCAAUCCUGUUGGAAUGCAGGGUUAAAGAUGGUCCCCCUGUUUGAAAUGUACACACCCUCCCCAACAUCAUCAUGUGCCUGGGCUUUGAAAAUCUUAGACAUACCUCUGGUAGUGUAUGAUGCCAUAGUAUAUAAUGUACAAUUAAUUGUAUAAUGUGUGACAUAAAUAUACUAUAUAUAUAUAUAUGGUGUAAAUGUAUUCAAUGUGCCUAUGUUGCAAAGUUGUAUUGUAUAGUUGGCUGAUACUCGCAGUGGUAAUGAAGAACAUAAUGUAUUGUAUGUAAAUAGUUUUGGAAAUAAUGAUGUAUUUAUAGUAAGAGUAGUAAAUAUCGUUAUAUGUAGAGAGUAUCAAAUAAUUUAAAUGUUUUUACGUGCAAUCAGAUCUGAUUAUUAAUGAUUAAGUAACACAUAAGACUGGAUAUCCACCUGUUUCAGCCCAAACAUCUUAGAUAACUCAAAAGUCUUUGCAUGUGCCAGUGACAUCAUUGAGUUCUAGAGGUUGCCAUUGUCGCAUAGUUGAAGAUCCCUAUUUUACUGUAUUAAAAGUAUAUACACUACCUUAAAAAUAUAGAAACUGGAUUUUCCUGCUAAAUGUGUGCUACAUGGUAAAUCAGUAGUGUUGAUAAAUUACAGUGGAAUGUAUAUUUUAGAAGUUGGUGCAGUAGAUUGUCAUACCAUAAGCUUUGUAAAGUUCCACCUAGGUAUAGUAUUGGUGCUUGCUCUGAAUACUUACACAAAUUUAUAUAUUUAUCAUUCUUUAUUAUGUUUUAUUUCAACAAAUUUUAACAAUUUAUUAUUCAAAUUGUUGCUAAUUGUCAUUUACAGUAUAUUCCAUCGAAUUAUAUUUUCCAUUGCUCUUUUUGUAGUUACAACCUAAAUAUUAUAAUUUUUCAUAAAUUAUGCUAAUUACCUGUCAUUCUCAUUAUAAUCAUGUAAUAUGGGUCACAUGACCUUAGAAGAUGAUUCAAUCUAUUAAUUUCAAUGAUCAUUAUUUGAUAUUGUUAUUUUAGCAUUUACAUUCAGCAUGCUUUAUCCUGGUUCUAUUCUUGAUUGUUGUUUUAUCUUAAAUGAAGUGUACUUAAAAUGUAAAACCGUUGUAAAUGAUUGAAAUGUAUUCUUCCCUAUUAAAAUGUGUCAUAAUUGGGUGGCAUUAUGUCAUUACAUAAGCGAGUGGCUUUCCUUGCAUUAGUAAAUAGGUCAUGUGAUUUAUUCCAGUCUGUUGCAAAUCUACAUUAACAGGAAAAUAAACUCCAAUAAGAGCUCCAGACAAUUCUAUUUUCAGAUUAAACAAAUUGAAACUAUGAUUACAGCUUCAAAAUGUUUGUCAUCAAAUGAUUGGUUUUUUACCAUCUUGUAUUCAAAUAAUAACAUUAUUUAAAUAAUUAAAAAAAAUGAAUUUAACAUGUCAAAGUAUUCAUACGCUUUUAAUUAUAAUAAGUGAUAAAAGUUUGGAAACAUGUAUAGUAUGUAUUGUGAAUAUUGUUAUGUCAUUUGCUCUUCAUUUGAUUCAGUAUUAUUCAUGUGACACCAUUCCCUCAGAUAUCAAGCAGUAGCAAAAUUGUAAGCAUUUCAUAGCUGCAAUGUUACAUGAGCUAAACAUAAACUGUGUACAAUCAAUAGUAAACUGUAAACAAAUUGUAAACAGCUAAGUAUGUUUAUUGGUUAUUUUGCGCAUGAAAAUUUUAGGCAGUAUUGAAAUAGAUACUGCACAAGCCUUUUUCAGUAUUAAUUUUAAACUGUCCAGAUAACAUUGUUUAUAAGUAUAGUAUCAUGUGUGUUUAGUAAACUGAAACCGAUCUGGAAAGUUUUAUUGCGCCGGUGUCCACCAUCAGUGCUUAUGGCACGUGUUGGUAUUGAGUAUAUGAAAUGAAAGAUGUAAAGUAGUUUGUAUCUGAUUGAUGGUAGAGUCUGAAGACUUAGCUUGGAGUUAUGCAGUUGCAAUGGUGCAAUGUUGACUUGGGGCACUGCCAUCUUAAUUCAUGGUAUUGUCAUAGAUCAAAUGUGGUGCAAUGCAGCCUCGAAAGUUCUGUCCCUAUUAUCAAAUUUUGUGAUAAAUUUUUGUGAUGUGCAUAACGACGGGCAUGACGACUCAAAUUAUACCCCAAAUAUAGGCAUAUCACAAUCAUAUUUACGUGUGGACAGCCCUUACUGUUGGUGCAAUGCACAGCCUUAACUUGGUAUAUUCUACAUGUGUUUGUCAUCAAAACUAGACAGUACUGUUGUUCAUCAUUAUACUGUACACUAAAAAUAGAGCAUGAUUUAUUGUGAAGUAAUAAAGUGAAUCAGUGUAAUAUUCUCCCAUAUA